CACGUUUUUUGGUGCUCCAGCUGCUCGGAACCCCGUUCGGAAAGGUCCGUUUGGAAGCCUCAAAAAUCUCAUGCAAUCGCCAUGGCAAGCCUGCCUGGAUCCCCAAAAACGAUGUCCCCUGCGCCGGCGAUGUGCCGUGUUUCUGAUCUUUGUGAUAUGCGGUGGUAGGACUUUCUCGCAUGCGACCGGAAGAUCGGGAAGUGUAGCGGAGAAUGGUUGGAGAAUUCAUUCUGGUCGCAAGAUUCCCUGGAAUUUGUUCAGCCCGAAGGUUCCGUUUCUCGCCACGCUGGUUCCAAAUCACCAAGCAGCGCCGCACAACGGGACGCACAUCACGCUGAGUCAUCAUGGGAAGGUCCCCUUCCUGGAGGGCCAGUCGAUUGGUGUCAUGGAAGGCGGUGGCCUGCGGCUCUAUCCCAUAUCUUCGUCCCGGAUGGGAGACGAUCAACGCUCCAAAACUCUGUCGCUCUAUGUGGAGAGCCAAGGUGCCGGCUUCAGCAAUUUGAAGGUUGGUGACAAGCUGAACAUCACAGGUCCAUUGGGUACCGAGAUGUUACUCCCUUCAGAUCUUCAGGACGCGAAUCUGAUUUUCGUGGCCACGGAACAUGGCGUGGCACCGUUUCGCGGACAGCUUCGGUGGUUGUUUCACGACUCCGUUGGGAAGGGAGAGUUCAAAGGUUUGGCUUGGCUCUUUGUGGGCGGCAUAUUAUUGCCGUAUGACGAGGAGUUCCGAGCACUUGAACGAAGUGUUCGCCCCGAGCACUUUCGCUACCUUGGCAUCAGAGCACAGUCCGACGAAGCAAUGACCGCCGUCCAAAGGCAGAUGAAGGACCACUCUGAUGAACUCUGGAAGCUGCUGCAGUCGCAGAAUAGCCAUUUGUAUAUCAGCGGGAAAGGUCUGGAAGAAGCCACCAGUGAGUUCUUUCAAGAAGUUGCUUCGGCGCAGCAACAAAAUUGGAUCCAACUGCGCCGCAUGAUGCGGCAGCAGGGGCGCUACCACUGUGGCUGGUGA